AUGGAGGAAGACAUGAAGAUUGUGCAGGUAGUUGCUGCAGGGCAUAAACCUUACCAUACAGUUAUACGACCGCAAGUUUCUCACAACAACCCUCCAAAAAAUCGCCUUAUGGACAGCAUUGAUCUGUUUAACGAUAUCGUGAAAAACGAGUUUCUCAAAACUUGCUCCUUCAUUUUAUUCUUAAAUAAGGUCGACCUGUUUAAGGCGAAAUUGUCGCAUACACAAUUGGCAGAUUACUUUAACAAUUAUAAUGGUGAUAACGACUAUACUUCAGCAGCAGAUUAUAUCCAGAACUGUUUCAAAAAGGCUCGUUUACCAACGCCAAACAGCAAGUUGUAUGUUCAUUACACGGAGGCUACGGAUACGCAACAAAUAGACUUCGUCUUUGCUGCAGCCUGUGAUAUCAUCCUUCAGACGAACUUGGCUCGAGCUGGAAUGCAAUAA